CUCUCACCGCGGGUCCAACUGUACGGUUACACAGCGGGAUACUGUUUUAUUUAGACGCUUAACGUGACGUCAAAUCUCGCGAUAGCCGCCUCCCUAUUCACUACGUAAUGUGCCGUGCUGCUUCUAGCGGCGCUGGUGACAGUGCUGAAAGCUGUUGGGUAUGAAGUGAAACGGAACUCAAUUUUUGUACCAUCCGCAACUGCUUCAAGUUCAGAUCAUAACAAAGAAACUGAAGAUAAGAUUCCAAAACAAGCAACGUUGCAACACUGAAGAUGUGUGGGGGAGAAAAAAGGAUAACUUCAAGAGUUUAAAACGCAAGAAGUAACCAAAUCCUCAAACGACCAAAGACGACGCACAUCUACCCUAUUGAAACACCGACAAGAAGCAAUUCUAUGCCCAAGCAUAUUCGGAGAAGUCAACUGAUCUGAAACCAGAAGUUUGUGCCUACUCAACAGCUUUGACAAAGCACACGUCCCAACGCUGCUCCUAGCCCUCCUCAUCCUCACCACACCACUGACUCACCACUGGGGUGUGGAGUGGGCUGCUAUCUGCUAGUUGUUCCUCCCCAUAGUCCCCUCACCUAUUCUCGCCCCACUGUUUUCAUUGUAGCUUUUUUCCAAGCAGCGUAUUUACACCUGCAUUUGCCUUUUUGCGCUAGUUUUGUCCCCGUUUUUUUCCUUUUAUGCAACCAUCUAGAAGUUGUGCCAGAAACCUGUAACAGGUGUGUGUGUGCGCGCGUGAAGAGAACUACAAGAUCUGCAUAAGCAGAGAUUCAGAAAACAUUCAAGACUGCAAAUAAAGACCUCCAGCGGUGUAUCAUUGGGUUGUUGCAUAGAAUAGUCAUUAAAAAUCAAGCAGAAACAUAUUAAUCAAGUUCAGCAAGUGCUCAAGCAAGUGUGCUCCGGGUUUUUGGGAAAAUAUGGGCAGCCCCUGGAAAGGCUUUGUUGAAUUUACCUUGCCUGCGUCGCCACCCACCGCGUUUGUUAGCGCUGACCUGAGCAGCACCUCCCCUGUCGGACUCAGCCUGUCACCAUAUGGCCGAUCCCACAUCCAAGCCAUAUCCCCAGUGUCAAAAAUGGAACGGGGCUCCUCUGAACCUCCAGUGGCUCGCAGCACUGGCUCUGCCCCAUCUGCCUCCACCGGUUCCAUGCCUAUCCCCCGCUCCUCUUCUUUGUCUUGCCGUGUCCACCCAGGAAGUAAAAAACACAAGCGAACCCCCUUGUAUCAGAGAUCCAUGAGUUUUGACCCAGGCAUGCUCCAUAACAAUGGCCACACUGCAUAUGCCAACGGCACAGGGCCUGGUAUCCGAGAGACUGGUGUGGUAGAAAAACUUCUGACUUCCUAUGGGUUCAUCCAGUGCUCUGAACGUCAGGCUCGUCUCUUCUUCCACUGCUCCCAGUACAAUGGCAACCUGCAGGAGCUUAAAAUAGGAGAUGAUGUAGAGUUUGAGGUAUCCUCUGACAGGCGCACUGGCAAGCCCAUAGCAGUGAAGCUGCUUAAGAUAAAGCCAGAGGUGCUGCCAGAGGAGCGCAUCUCGGGCCAGGUGGGGCCAGACCUGCACGCCUAUCCCUUUACUGUGCUGCAUGGUUAUAUUCAUCCAGUUGUGUCAUCCAUACCACUACAUUUGGAUGGAAAGAGUGCUCCCGGCCAGAUGCCUACUGGCAGCGUUUGUUAUGAAAGGAACGGGGAAGUCUUCUACCUUACCUAUACUCCUGAUGAUGUGGAGGGUAAUAUCCACCUGGACACGGGUGACAAAGUCACCUUUUACAUGGAAACUAACAAGCAUACUGGUGCCGUCAGCGCUCGGAACAUUCAACUUGUGAAGAAAAAGCAGACGAGGUGCCAGGGUGUUGUGUGUGCUACAAAGGAGGCCUUUGGAUUCAUUGAAAGGGCUGACGUUGUGAAAGAGAUAUUCUUUCACUACAGUGAGUUCAAGGGUGACCUGGAAGCUCUGCAGGCUGGAGAUGAUGUUGAGUUCACCAUCAGAGAUAGAAAUGGUAAAGAAGUAGCCACAGACGUGAGGCUUCUCCCCCAAGGAACUGUCAUUUUUGAGGACAUCAGCAUUGAGCAGUUCGAAGGCACUGUCAUCAAAGUCAUUCCCAAGGUUCCCACCAAAAACCAGAAUGACCCUCUACCAGGCCGUAUCAGUGCCCGCAUUGGUUUCGCCGACAAGGAUCUGCCAUUUGGUGAAAAGGACACGAAGUCCAAGGUGACCCUUUUGGAGGGAGACCACAUUCAGUUUAACAUUUCCACGGACCGCAGAGACAAGCUAGAGAGGGCUACCAACAUCGACCUCCUACCAGACACGUUCAACUUCACCAAGGAGACUCGUGAAAUGGGGGUGAUUGCAGCGAUGCGCGAUGGGUUUGGCUUCAUUAAGUGUGUUGAUCGAGAUGCUAGGAUGUUCUUUCACUUCAGUGAAGUACUAGAGGAGAGCCAACUGCACAUCUCAGAUGAAGUGGAAUUUACGGUCGUACCUGAUAUGCUGUCGGCGCAGAGAAAUCAUGCAGUGCGCAUCAAGAAGCUUCCCAAGGGCACAGUGUGUUUCCAUACGCAGUCUGAGCAACGCUUUAUGGGUGUGGUGGAGAAGGAAAUUGUGUCAGUCAAUACAAAGAAUGCAAGUCCUACCAAGGGCAAAGAGAAGAAAAAAGACAAGGGUAAAGUUGUAGGAAAGGAAUGUGAGGAAGGUGUGAUUGCAUAUGAAGACUGUGGAGAGAAGCUCACUGUGCCAUACUACAUCAAGGAUCUGGAGGGAGCGUCUCACCCACAGGUCGGGGACAAGGUGGAGUUCUCAAUCAGUGAGGUGAAGCGAACUGGCCAGCAGAGUGCAGUCUCUAUCAGGCUUCUCAAUCGUAACAUCUCCAACCCCAAAAGACUGCAUGGAUUUGUUGCUACACUUAAGGACAACUUCGGCUUCAUUGAGACUGCAAAUCAUGACCAGGAGAUUUUCUUUCAUUACAGUGAAGCGUGUGGGGACCUGGACAACUUUGAGCUGGGAGACACUGUGGAGUACACGCUGUCUAAGGGUAAAGGAAACAAAGUCAGCGCUGAGAAGGUUACCAAAGUGGCGGCAGUAAAUAACAUUGCAGAGGAUAUCAGUACAACGGUGAUCAUGGGGAAAGUCAUUCGUCCCUUACGCAGUGUGGACCCCUCACAAACUGAAUACCAAGGGCUUAUUGAGCUGACAGAGGAAGGUGGUAAAGGCCAGACAUAUCCUUUUGGCAUCAUGGGUAUGUCAAAUAAGGCAGACUGUCUACAGAAAGGAGAACUUGUGAAGUUUCAGGUUUGCACAAUAGCUCAAACUGGACAGAAGAUGGCGUAUAAUGUAGUUCCUCAGCGUAGAGCUAUGGUGGAGUGUGUCAAAGACCAGUUUGGUUUUAUAACAUAUGAAGUUGGUGAGAGCAAGAAACUGUUCUUCCAUGUAAAAGAAGUGCAAGAUGGCUUGGAGCUCCAGACUGGGGAUGAGGUGGAGUUCUCGGUUGUUCUCAAUCAACGCACAGGAAAAUGUAGUGCCUGCAACGUACGCAGAGUCAGCGAGGGACCCAAACCUGUGGCGACUCCUCGUCCUGACCGUCUGGUGAACCGACUGAAGAGCAUCACUCUUGACGACGCCAGUGCUCCUCGCUUGGUUGUUCUAAGACAGCCUCGCGGUCCCGACAAUACAAAGGGCUUCAGUGUGGAGCGCAAGACUCGUCAACCUGGCGUCAUUGACUGAGCAAUACAGAGUCUGCCCCAUUUGGUGUUCGUGAGAUGUCCCAGAAUACGAGAGCAGGGGAAAAGGGAAUUAGAUAUGACACAUGCUUGUUAACACAAGCUCAUACAUUAAAACAUGUGCACACGUACAGUAUUUGACAUGUGGAAUCUUCGUCCCUGUUAAUACAUGGAAAGGGAACUUUUCCACCAUUCCACAGUUUUCUGCCUCCCAUGUGCUAAAGUUUCACACUUUAAGGAACAUGGGAUCUCUGAGCGUGUGUGCGUGUGUCAUGUAUCUAGAAGUGACUAUAGUAUGUACUGAGGUAAUUGUUUCUGAGGACCAUGUUCCUCUAAAUGAGUGACUGUGUGGUUGUCUACGUCGUUUCUUUUGAAUCUGCUUUGACUGGAAUUCUGCACCUGUAACCUGUCCAGUAGUUUGCCUGGGUGAAUGAGUGUGACUGUUAGCAUGUCUCUGAGCUUUCUGCUCUUUCUUUCCUCAUAUUUGCUCCUUUAUCCUUGGAAACUGAAAAUGAUUUCACAGCUAAGUUUCCACGACCGUAUGCUUUCCUACAAAACGCAUAAAGCAAAGUUCCCUCCAUAAGGAGGAUCAUAUUUCUCAUGUGCAAGCUUAAACUGAGGAUUCUUCUCUGCUCGGUUUUUUGAGCAGUUUUAAAAUGCUUUAUUGAAGCGCUGAAGUGGAAGCAUGGUGUGUGAUGUGAAUGUCAAAGUAGUUAUUCUAAUGGGAUUUCCCAAUCUGGAGCCUUUAGAUACCUUUUUGGUAUUCGCACGCUCCAUGUAAGCAAUUUUCCCAGGUGCAGAAUUCCUUGUGGCAUCUUAAAUCUGCAGUUCUUUUUAUAUUGUUUUUUUUCCCUUGCACACAACUUUGCUCUUUUGUUUUUCCAUUGAAACGCAAUCUGCUAAUAUUGAAGUAAGAAUAAGGUGCCUAAAAAGCUACAACGAAAAUAAAAGGGGGUGGGUCAACAAAUUAAAUGAAUCCUGUUUUCAGCCAACCACCGAAAUACUGAACAAUCCUAUGGUGGCUUUUUCUAAUAGAAAUAAUACUGAUAUGCAUCCCAGACCUGUGGGUUGAACUGAAUUAUACUGUAUAAUGUAUGUGUGCUUUCUUUUUCUUAGUGAAAGUCCGAAUCUCAGAUAUAAUAAAAAAAAAACUUAAAGAAUGAAAAAAAGGUAAUGUAACAAUAAUUCUGUUUAAAAACAUGCAUUAAGACUCAACAUCACUUCCAGUGUUAUGGAGAACUGGUGGAUGAGCUGUUGUGCCUCUGCACAUUAAGUUACAGUCAACAUUAUUUCAACUUUGGAUCACCGGGUUUCAGUUGAACCACGUACAGAGGUUCUCAUGUACUUUUGUUAAUGGUCUUGAAUGAAACAAUUGAAUUAAAGUUUUAUGAAAAUCACAA